UUAGACAACUUGAACCAUUUGCAUUUGCAUUCCUUUGCGUGUAAACACUGUCAAUUCGUAGCCAUUAGAAAUUAGCCUUACAGUUCAAGUCAAUCCGCUAAUAUUUUUGAACAAUGCUGAGAAGAAGCUUCUCUCAGCCAGUCGGCCUCGAUCGACUUCGCUUUUCUGAACACAUGACAAGCGAUGCUGGCAAGUUGAUGUCCGAAAACAUCCUUGAGCGAGGUAAAGAAGUCUGUCACCGGGAAUAUUAGGCCCACGUUCCCUGGAAUAUGAGGGAGGAUAUGAUGGUAGGUGAAAUAUGGAUCACCAUACAAUUUUGGUGAGCUCCUUCUGAAUCUGAUCCAUCAGGUUAUGGUUUUUCCUUUUCAAACUGUGUAUAUUUACAGACAAGAAGUCCUCAGAAGAAAGAGGCCCUGUAUGAUGAAAAAGAAAUCUGGGACUUCCUAGACUUGUGAAUUUUCUUUCUUUCUCAAUAAUGAAUUUGGAAUUAACGCAGUCUAAACACACGCCUAUUGUGAAUUGUAUGUGUGUGUGUGUGUAGCAAUAUGCAGGCGAAAGCGUACAUCAUGAAUCUGCUGCACUCUAGGAAGAGGCUCAUGAAGAUGAAUGCCAACCUGCAGCAGGCACUGAAUGCAAGCCAGGACUCCAAAGCGGAGCAAAGAGGAGAGGGCACAACUCUAAGAGUAAGGGGUAUAAAAGAUAGGCCGCAGACAUCUUUAAGUCGGAUCUCAUCGGGGGGCGUCAGCUGAUGACAUCUCACCUCACCCUAUUGCUUGAUGACUGGUCUGGACAUUGUUUAGGCUGGACUAUCACUGCAAUACGGUGAAUAAAGAUCAACAGUCUUCAGAGAUCUCCUGUCUGCAUUUUCUCCUUCGGACGCCUUCUUCCAGAGUGCUAAUUAGUAAAUAGUUAAGUGAUAAAUUGCUAAUUGGAUUCGGGAAGUGGACCAGUUUUUCCAAAUUACACAACAUACUGUGAGUGAACAUUGUAGAUUUAUUACUGGUGCCAUAGUAUAGGGCAAUCUUUGACUUUGAAUUAAUAAGUCUACAGCAAAAGGAAAUUGAGGCCCUGAAGAACCAAACUGAAAUCAUGACCAAUGAGGUAACCUCAGUGAGACUACACUAUAUUUUGACACAAACUACAGAUAUUGCAUAAUUACAUUUUAAUUAAUUAAUGCUUAUACAUUGAUGACAUUUUGUGCUUGUUGUGUGUGCUGUAGAUAUGUGACUUUUUCGCACAAAAGGGAGAUGAGAAAAAAUUAAUGAAUUGGAAUCAACUCAUCAAGGCUCUGCAGAUAUUUCUGCUCUAAAUAAGAUGUUUCCUUAUCAGAAGUGUGGAGUAGUUUAGUUUCUACAUUUCUCUGUUUCUGAUACAAAUAUCACAUUCAAGGAUGAUGUUUUUGGUCAUUUCACUAAUAUCUUGUGGAUUUUGUUGUUUGUGAAGCAACAAGUGGAGCUCUUAAGUAUGCAGCUUGAUGGUCAGGGUGAGACUAUCUACAAGUAUUAGAAAGGGAAGUGUCCUGAAUCCUGAUGGGACUUUGAUCUUAGCUGUGGAGAGCUCAAUGUCUCUAGCAGAGGAGCUUGGAGUGAAAGCUGGAUUCCUGGGAAGUUCUCAGGGGCCUGUUUCUUAAAGGCAAUUUUUGCUUUGAAACAUGCGAGGCAGUGCAGACUUUUCAGCGCAGUUUAUAUCAUUCUGUUAUUUCAGCAGAGGGUCAAUGAUGACUUUGAGGUGGAUGUGUAGACCUUGAGGUGAAAGUCAUGGAGAAAUCACUGACCACAACUUCAGACCUACAUCAGACAGUGGACAGAGCAGUCAACAGUGAGAUUGACAAGGUGGAGGUCAGCUUUGAGAGAAUGGAAACAGGCACUGUUCAUGAGGAGGUCAUCAAACUUGAUGUGGAAGAGGACAUCGAGCUCCAGGAGAGUAAGAAAAACAUCCAAUUCGAGGAGGUAGAAAAGGUCAUCAUCAUUAAUGACACUGAGGAGGUCAUGAUGUCUGAGGCAGGACAGGCAUCUUUUAAACUUGGGAAGGUGGUGGAGACAGUGAGGCUUCAGAAUGCCAAAGAGAUCACCCAACUGGACAGUGUGGCAGAGGUCAUCAGAAUUGAGAAUGCCCAAGAGAUCACCCAACUCAAGGAUGUGACUGGGGUCAUCAGACCUGACAAGGUCAAAGAGACCGCCCAGCUCAAGGAUGUGAUGGAGAUUGAGAUGUCAGACCUGACAGUCCUCAUGUAGAAGUGGAAGCUCAGGUGGUUGGAUCAACCAUGAGUGAGCGCAGGUUUUUUCUCUGAUUGUAUCUGAUUGUAGUAAGCAUGAGGCCUAUACUAUGAGUGAUAUUCAUGCCAACUAUAUUUCCUCUUGCUAGCACAUGGUUUCAGUGUAAAGGCAAAGAUCCUUGAUUACUAACUCCGCUUCAACCCUCUCUGGUAAAGGUUUGCAGUUUUUGUCUCUACGUUUGAGCUGUUUUAUGUUUGUCAGUUUUGGCUUUUCUUCCUUUUCCAUUCCAUCCAUCCCGUAUUCUUUCCCCAUAGCAACCACUGGCAGGAUGAGAGGGGCUCUGUUUGCUGGUGCUAUAGGUGCGCUGAUUUUCUGGAAAAUUAAGAAUUGAAUAGAUCUACAUUGAAGGCAUGUGCAAACUCUGAAAUUUCAGUGAAUUCCUUCAAGAGGAUGCACGGGACAUGCCAAUGGUCAAUAAAGCUUAAUAGUUUCACAAUACUGUAUAUCCUUCAAUCUCUGUGUCUGCUGUUAGUCCAAUGUGUGUCAAGUCCCUCAGUGCUGCCUUGAUUCCAUCUCCAUGCAACCAUACUGUCCUCUAGUGGCCUAGACACAUAGCAAAAGUGCUAUCACACAUAGCAAAAGAGAACAACAGAAUGAGAGGGCAGAGGCGCAUAACCUACUUAUUUUGCAUCUUCUUUGGUGUGCCAUCAAUACAACUAACUGCCAAGCAAAUUUUACUCACAUAGUAGUCCUAUAGGAAGUAAAGAGAAUUCAUAUGGAGAUAACUACUUCAGCCUCAUUCAUAGUAGUCUAUGUGAGAUUGGUAAUAAAGAGUCUGUAAAGCAUUUGGACUGAAUAAAUAAAUAAACAUCCAUGAUAUAAUUCUGAGGAUGCCAUCUCAGCAGGUAAUGCAAACGCAACGCUAACAAUUUAACAGUUUGCUCUCACCAAACAAGCCUUCACAGAAUGACACGGCCGACAAUUUUGCCAAAAGACGCAUGCUUGAAAACUUUUAUCAGAUCUGCAGGCUUUUUAGGUAUAGACCAAAACUCCACAUUGUGCUUCUUCAAAGACAUGUUGUUCAAUAACCUGUACUAACUUUGGUAAAGAUAGUCUUAUCAGCACUGUAUUGGAGCUCCACAGUGUUUGUGAUGGUAAUACGCACUGACUCACCUGUUGCUGCGGCUGCCAGUCCAACGCCCCGCGACAUAUUAUGUCCUAUUCUGUCACUGGCUAACAACAUGGGAGCCUCUCAAUCUGAGCAUGAGUUUAAAGAUCUUGCAGAAAGGACUGGUUUCAGUUUGGACCAGAUCAAAAACUUGCACCAAAGGUUCAAGUGGUUGACCAACCAUCAAGAAACUUUAAGACAGGAAGACUUUGAGAAGGUGUCUCAUCUUUCUCUCAACCCAAUAAAGGGCCAAAUUGUGAAAGCCUUUUUUGACAAAAGAAACUUUGGAAAGCAUGAGGUGGGUUUAGUUGAGGAGAUUGGUUUUGAAGAGUUCCUGAUGGUGAUGUCUCACUUCAAACUCCCAAAUAAGAAGCUCACAGAUGAAGAUACAGAGGACGUGAGGACAGAGAAGCUUCGCUUUCUAUUCAACAUGCAUGAUACGGAUAAUGACGGGACCAUAACACUUGAGGAGUACAGACACCUGGUUGAAAAACUUCUCUCCACUUGUGAAACCCUUGAGCAAGACACCUCCCUAGCCAUUGCUGACGCAGCCAUGUUGGAGGUUGCGAGAAUAACAGUUGGACACAUGGAGCCUCAUGAAGUCUAUGAAGGAAUCACAUUUGAACAAUUUCAGCAGAUACUAAAAGGUGUACAGAUUGAGACAAAGAUGAAUGUUCGCUUCCUGCAGAUGGACACAACUACAAUGCGCUGUGGGAAAUGAGGCCUCUCCUGUAGUGUUUGUCUGCAGCAACAACGAUAUUCUCCCAGAUGAAACCCUAAAUUUAGCAUCCAUGCCCCCACCCCCCUCGUCUUCCUCGUUCCUUCCACUGGCAUUGCCCUCGUUGUGCCUGCAUACAGCUUCAGAAUUAUGUAAACACCUCGGGCAGCCCAACUGCUUGAAGAAGUUCACAUGACCUUUUGCUAGUCAAAAUUUUUCUCAGAGUGAGACUGGCAUUCAGGGGCUUUGUCUUUUUUUUGGGGCUGAGUUCAAAGUAGCCCACAUGAAACGACAUUUUCAUGGACUGAUUUCCCCAGUGCCAUGGAAGUAAACUGAAGCUCAGUAUUAUAUUAUUGAGAUACACUUGUAUGUGAAUUAAAUACAGUAAUUCAUUUUGUUGUUUUUGUUCCUAAAAAAAAACAAAACACUCAUUGUCACGACACCACCAGGUUCUCCACCAGUCUCUCCUCCUCGUCGCUUUGCUCCAACGAUCUCCCAAUCUAAUUCCACUGUCUACUAAUUCCCCAAUCAUCCUAUCACCAGUCAGCAGAUUACCCAAUCAUCCAAUCUCCCGUCUGCUACUCCCCAGCACCUGUAGCCAAUCUCCUACUGCCUAUAUAAACCCCUGUCACUCUGCUCUCUCCGUCUGGCCUCUUCAACGGAGACACUUACUCCAGCGCACAGACUGCGCCUUGUUUCCCAACCCAGCUCCUCGUUUCUGGAAUUUCCUGCUACGUCCCAGGUUGUAGAACUUUUAUGAUGGACAUUUUCUAUUGGACUCUUUUUGUUGGAUGAUAUACUCUUGCAAGAUUGGAGCCUUUAUGUUGGACUGCCUUGUUUGUCAAGUCAUGAUCUUCUGAGUGUUAACCUCACAUCAAUACCUUGUUUAAAUUCUCCUGCUUUGGUUGAUUACAAAUUAAAACUACUUGAUUGAUCCUAA